AUGGGAUCUGCAACUGAGUUUUACUCAAAUCAAGUGUUUGAACUGGAUCCUAAAUGGAUCGUUGAUCCUCAACAUCUCUUUGUUGGUCCCAAGAUUGGUGAAGGAUCUCAUGCCAAAGUUUAUGAAGGAAAGUACAAGAACAAAACAGUUGCUAUAAAGAUUGUUAAAAGAGGAGAAUCUCCAGAAGAGAUUGCCAAAAGAGAGAGCAGAUUUGCAAGAGAGGUUUCAAUGUUGUCCAGAGUGCAACACAAGAACUUGGUCAAGUUCAUUGGAGCUUGCAAAGAACCAAUCAUGGUCAUAGUCACUGAGCUUUUACUAGGCGGUACAUUGCGUAAAUACCUUGUGAGUUUGCGUCCAGGGUGUUUGGACACACGUUUAGCUGUUGGUUAUGCUCUUGACAUUGCUCGAGCAAUGGAAUGCUUACACUCUCACGGAGUCAUCCAUCGUGACCUCAAACCAGAGAGCUUGAUCUUGACCGCGGAUUACAAGACGGUUAAGCUAUCAGAUUUUGGUUUAGCUAGAGAAGAAUCUUUAACCGAGAUGAUGACUGCGGAAACCGGUACAUAUCGCUGGAUGGCUCCCGAGCUUUAUAGUACGGUCACGUUGAGGCACGGUGAGAAGAAACACUAUAACCACAAGGUGGAUGCUUACAGCUUUGCCAUUGUCUUGUGGGAGCUUAUUCACAAUAAGCUGCCUUUUGAAGGCAUGUCCAAUCUCCAAGCUGCUUACGCCGCUGCAUUUAAGAACGUGAGGCCAAGCGCAGACGAUUUACCGAAGGAUUUAGCAAUGGUGGUGACAUCUUGCUGGAGAGAAGAUCCAAAUGAUCGACCAAACUUCACAGAGAUUAUUCAAAUGCUUCUACGUUACCUCUCACCUGAGCUCGUUCCUCCAUCGAUCAAACGUGUUUUCUCAUCGGAAAACACAGUGUUGCCACCGGAAUCGCCGGGAACUUGCUCAUUGAUGGCUGUUAGAGACAGAGAUCAGAUACCAAGUACGAAUGCAAACUCACCGGAGAAAGAAGGUAGAGGAAGUUUAUUCUUCUUCUGCUGCUAA